AUGAACACAACAAAAUAUCGAAGGCUUUAUCGAUUAUGCUCGCAGAACUUUGGAUGUAGAAUGAAAGGGACAAGUUCACGAAAAUGGCUUCAACGACAACAAAGUGACAUAUACGUAAAAAUGGCAAGAGCGGAAAAUUGGCGAUGUAGAAGUGCAUUUAAACUUUUAGAAAUAGAUGAUAAGUAUAGAAUUCUUAGACCUGGACAACUCGUUAUAGAUAUUGGGGCUGCCCCUGGAUCUUGGACACAGGUAGUCUGUCAAAGAACAAAUGCAGCAGGCUUAGAUAACAACUCCCCCAAAGGAAAAGUGAUCAGCAUAGAUUUGUUGCCUAUCAGUAAAAUUCCAGGAGCUUGCAUCCUAGACUGUACUGACUUCACAUCUCAAGACUGUCAGGAUAAAAUCAUCCAGAAUGCUGACGGCAGAAAGGCAGAUGUGGUACUUAGUGAUAUGGCUCCCAAUGCAUCAGGUAUGAAGGAGUUUGAUGGAAGACUUCUUAUGUCAUUGGUGUCAAAAGUUUUACAUUUCUCUGUGAAUCAGUUGGUGACUAAUGGUACAGUUCUGGUGAAACUUUGGCAGGGGAGUGGAUGUGAUGAACUCAGUGAUGUAAUGAAGGAACUAUUUUCCUCAGUAAAACUUGUCAAACCAAAAGCGAGUCGAGACGAUUCCAGAGAAAUUUAUUUUUUGUGUCAGAAAUUUAAAGGGGUAGUACACUCAAGUGGAAAUAGUUAAACAAACCCUUAUGUCCAGAGAA